AUGGAAGCCAACGCUGUUAACCACAAUUCAAACAUUAACAAUUCUCAACCGCUAACCAAAGCCAAAGCCCCACAACCUCCAAGAACUGGCACAGCGGUUAGAAUAACCACCAAAAAGUCUAACAGCGAAUUAAGAGAACUUCUUCAACAAAUUUGCUCUAAAUAUCUCAAAGAUGCCGAACAAAACACACAACCAGACGCUACAUACAAUACUCAGUUCUGUGAUGUUCUGAACAAAGCAAUUACUAGUUCAAUUGAACUUACUAAGACAAUUCCAAGUCCAAUUGAGCUUAGCGAUGUCUUAGUUCAGUAUUUUCCAACAUUUACUAAGCUUAUAAUGUUGAGAACUUUAUACCAAGUUCGUCAAAAUCUUCCUCGUUACAUCCAACGGUCAUUCGACACGAGAAUUGCCGAAUUCCAAGUCUUUAGUUACAGAUAUGACGAAGAUGAAUACGUUGACGAGUUCGGAGACAACUGUACAAAAUGGUUUGAAUGUUAUACGACAACACAAUUUGAAUUCGACUUUCUCGAAUUCAACGCAGCAACCAUUCAUAUCAUUGCUCUUUACCUUUCCGAACAACAACAAGACCUCGCAGAUGGAGAUGUUGUUACUGUCGUCAUGAAAACUCCUGAACAAUUCGGAAAAAGAAGUCUCUAA